UGUAUGCGUGCGCGCGCUGCAGAAGAGGGGGCUGGGAGGAGAGAGGGAGAGCCAUUUGGGAUCUGCUUGGAGGGAGGCCUCCCCGCUGCCUGGACUUGGUCAAAGAACUAACACUCCUCUACUUCCGCUUUUGGGAAGUGCCUGGACUCAGAAGUGAUCGAUUCUAGUGUACAUCCAGGGUGGGGUAUAAUUAGCCGUCUUGAUUUCACGUCGUUAUGGCCUGAAGCCCUGCCAGCCCCUCCUGCUGUGUGUGUAUGUUGAAGUGGUCAGUUCCUGUCUUGGCGUCAGCCUGGGCCCUUGACCUUGGGGCCCUGAGCAAGUCUCAACUCCAAGCAUCCGUCUCCUUACCUGGGGGAUUUGGGUCACGGGGGCGGUAAGUCACACAGCACUUCUCAGGUCCGGUGCAGUGCUGACACUUUUCCUUCCUGCUGUCUUCCCCGAGGGACAGGGGCUCACCCUGGGGAGGCAGGGGGUGCGUUCCAGCCUCCCAGCUCCGGGGCAGAUCAUUCAACCUCAGAGACGUCACCUCCUCACCUGAACAGUGGAUGUAGCCAUCUUCCUUGUUGCUCAGCCAGGCUGAGGGGAGAGCAGAGGUGAGAGCCCAGGACCUCAGGGCUGGAGGCGUUGGGAUAUUGUGAGGUUCGGCCUUUUCUCUGGAAGGUGGGGGCCGAGGCUCAGAGGAGGGAGGGGCUUGCCGGUGGUUGCAGCCGCUGGUGGCGCGUGGCCAGUUCGCUGUGCCGUUUGGGGUUCACCCUGCCGCUCUGCCCGAGGGCUCACCUGUCCGUUAGGUCCUGAACAUACGUGAUGGCGCGCCUCCCCGCGUGUGGUGCUGGAUGGACAGAUGGCCCUUCUCCUGCCAUAUGCUCUGGCCUGUUUCGGUGUCAUGGCGCCAGGGCUAGGGAGGCGCUCUGUUGCGGAGCUGGGCACUCGCCUUGCUUCCACGUCCCCGCACUCCUCCCUCCCUGUGCUUGCUCCUGCCAUACCUGGCCCAACGCUCAGCUUGAUGCCAGGGAUGCACACAGAGAGCUCUGUGGCUGUGGACUGCUUGGAGUGGGCGUUUGGCUCUCCGUGUCCCAAGGCAAUUUCGCCACCUUCUCCCCCAGCUUCCCAUCGCUGUCUGCAGCCAACCUCGUCAUUGCCAUAGGCACCAUCGUCAUGGUGACGGGCUUCCUCGGCUGCCUGGGCGCCAUCAAGGAGAACAGGUGCCUCCUUCUGAGUUUUUUCAUCGUCUUGUUGAUCACGCUACUGGCGGAGCUGAUCUUAAUUAUCCUCUUCUUUGUCUACACGGACAAGGUGAACGAGAACGCCAGGAAGGACCUGAAGGAAGGCCUGCUGCUGUACAACUCGGAGAACAACGUGGGGCUUAAGAACGCCUGGAACAUCAUUCAGGCCGAGAUGCGGUGCUGUGGUGUCACCGACUACACAGACUGGUACCCGGUGCUGGGGGAGAACACGGUUCCCGACCGCUGCUGCAUGGAGAACUCCCAGGGCUGUGGGCGCAACAGCAGCGCCCCCGUGUGGAGGACGGGCUGCUACGAGAAGGUGAAGAUGUGGUUUGAUGACAAUAAACACGUGCUCGGCACGGUGGGGAUGUGCAUCCUGAUCGUGCAGAUUCUGGGCAUGGCCUUCUCCAUGACCCUCUUCCAGCACAUCCACCGGACUGGGAAAAAAUACGAUGCCUGAGCAGGCCGGCCGAACGCCCCGGCCCCGUGGACACUGCGCCAGGGAAGAGGCCUUCAGCUUGUGUCGCCUGCCCGCACCCUCCAGACUGCUGACCCCUGCGCCCGCCGCCCCGGCCCGCCUUCCCCGCUGCCCGCUGCAGCCUUCUCGGCGGGCGGAGGCCAGGGAGGACGAGGUGCAGAGACCUCAGGGUGCCGGGGUGCCCGGAUUCCUGUGUAUUUGCCAAAGAAGACAGGGUGGGCGGGGGGUGUGCUCUGGGAGCCCCCCGGCACCAGUGCACUUCUGCCCUGUCCUUCCUCCGCUGACACUUUGUCCCUGCGUGGCGUGGGGCGGGAGGCGCAGGGCUCCCUCCCAGUGGAGAGACUGCGCAGCGGAGGCCCCGGUGCCCCUGGCCACCCGGAGAGCGGGUGCGCAGACGCGGGCGGGGCUGACCGUCUCCCGGCCGGGCCCCUGGAAACAUCUCGCCCAGGCUUUUUAUACCUUAUAGUGUAACUUUUCUAUUUUAUUUUACUCUGAUUACGAUUAUUCAGGAAUACUAUCUCUUGGAUAAGUUUAGGGUUAGCUUUCUGAUUUAUAACUUUUUACUGCGUUGAUUUCUGUAACGGUUUGAUUUUCUUUCUGAGGGUGGGGACAGGCAGGGACAGGGCGUGUCCGCCCGGUUUCUGUCAGGACAGACCGCUGUGCACACUCAGGAGGCUCUCGCCAGUAUGCACUGAGGGUGGGGGAGCAGGGGGCCUGGGAGGGGCAGGGGAGACGGAGGCACAGGAGGCCGUGUGGGGGCGAGGCCUGCAGGGUGCAGCGUUUGCCGAGGCCCAGGCCGCGUGAGAGGCCUGGGCCGGGGGUCCUCUGGGGGCUGCGGGUGCUUUGCUUGGGAACGAGGUCGAGCGGUCGUGGGUCCUUAUGCGUCACUGAUGAGCAGCUCCUUUUCCCUCCUUCCUCCCUCCUGCCCUCUGUGGGCCCGGGAGGCUCCCCUUCCACCCCUGCGGGCAUUCCCGCGACAGGUUCUGCAAACACGUUAUUUCACAGACAUUCCUGCUAGAAACUCUUGGACAAAUACCUCUCUAGUUCAGACGCUGCUUACUCUCUCACUUUGCUUCUGGAAGGGGAAGCGGUCCUUCCGUGGAGCUGCUCAGACAGCGGCAGAGGACCCACGACCACCAGAGGGGAGGGCGGAGCCGUGAUCGGUCCAGCCAGAGUCACCCGGCUGCUGACUCCCUGCUGGGAGGGAGGGAGAGAUGUCCACCCGGGUCCCAGGACCCUCAUCUCCUUCCCUAGGGUUCAUUGAUGCUGAGGUGACUGAUGCUCACGUCCUCUGCGACCCCAAGGAAGAGUACCGAGACCCAAGAGAGGCCAGACGGGAUCCUGUUACGGUAGCCCCAGGACAAAGCAGCCUGAGUCAGGGCCUGGAGAUGGACAGCUGAGGGGCAUCCGACUGCAGCGGGGUGCCCCGACUAGGGUUCACGCUGGUCUAAGCAAGUUGUGCAGUUAAAAAAAUAAGUCAAGAGUCCACGUGGCUGAGGUUGGAAAGGUUUCCCCACCAGCUUGUACUUCCCCAGGUGGGCCUCACCUGGGCGCUGCCUUUGCUCUGCACUGUUUGGACGGGUGCCCUGACCUCCCGGGGGGCCCUGUCUCCUCCCCAGCCUCCUCCUGUCUGUUCCGAGAGCUGAGACCUGGCCACCCAGCCAGCAGCCCCCUUCUCCCUUAAGUACAAGACGGUUGGGACCAGUACAGAGCUUUUGGUGUGCUCAGGCGUCGAGCUUCUGGGUGCGGGACAGCAGAGGGUAGGGUGCUCUCAGCGAGUUGGGCAGAGCAGAGGCCACCUCCUGAGACGGGAGUGGGGUGCUCACGGGAAAGCCUGUGGGCAGGGCCGUGGGUGGAGGCCACAGGGGACGGGCCUUCCCCGCCCUCUGGCCCUGCCUUCCCGGGAGCCCAGGUCUGCAGAGCCCAGAGAGGACGCACCACCAUUCCGCCGCGAGGGACCCUCCACAAACAAGCAUUCGAGUGGCACGGUGGCACUGCUGCAUGAUGGGUUUACCUUGGGGGGGGGUUGUUCACGCCUAUCAGUGCAAUAUAAAAUUUUUGUUGAAAUCAGCAAAAGCCUAGCACCUUGGUGGUGUAUGGCCUCGCUGGCAUCUUAUGUUUCUGGGGCUUCAAGGGGCGUCCUCCGGCCCCCUCCUCCCGCCAGCCCCUGCCCCGUCCGUCUGUCCACAGAGCCUUGCCCACAGUUCCCCAAACUGCCUUCUCGCCUGACCCUGUGCUUGGCUGUUCCGUCAUUCGGCCGAGUCCGCGCACGGGGGCGGGGGGGCUCCUUCCAGGCCCUCGCCCAUCGUGCAGAGCGGUCCCCACCGCGCCGUGUGAUGUCAGUGAUGGGGCCCAGCACCUGCUCGGUUUCUCCCGACCCUGCUCUCCAGGGCAGCACUACCUGAGGGAAACCCCUCCUUGGCGACUCCCCUGCCAAGGUCACAGUUAGCUCAGUGGGGUCUGAUGCAGGCGGUUUACGGAGUUGACUCCCAAGGCCAAGGUCCUGCAGACGUCAGGGGAGUGCCUGUCUCCACUCGGCCUCUCUCUGCAGCCGUCUCGCAAGGGAGGUGAGCCAGCAGGGCUGAGCACGGCCCUUGGGGACCCCAGUAGGUGCUGACGCCUGUUCCCCCGCUGGAGGCCCUCUCCUCUCUCCCCUCCAGCGUGGGCCUGCGUCGUGGCCUCUCACCCUGGAAAGGUUGCUGACCCACCCCAGGCCCUCAUGCAGGUGUUCUGGUUUGACUUGGACCAGAUGGCCAUCUGUCCUUGCUUUGGUGGCCAAAGAGUGGUCCAGGUGGAUGGAAAGGAUGUCCCCACCUCUCCGGCCCCUGCCCACCGCUGGUGGAGGUGCUAACAGCAGCGACCCAGCCAGGAUGGAGCGGGAUCCGGGUGCCUGAGGUUCUCCCGCCCCUCGGCCCUUCAGGGCCGGCCUCUUGCGUUCCUGUUCUCCCAUCCCCCCGCUCCCCCGCCACGAGGCCAAGUCCAGGCCGUGUCCUUGCCUCGCCACGCUGACCGGGCCCCUCGAGGGCCAGGCCUGGGGCUUGUGCCCACACGCUGCCCGCUGGGGCAGCAUGGCCGAGCGGGGGGGUGCGCGUGCUGGUUUCAAUGCACUUUUCUGCUUGCGAUGCCGUAUCUGUGCGCUUCCUUCCUCCUGGUCCUGGCUUACGGAACGCCAUGUUUUUAGCAUGUUUUUAAAUAAAAACUGAUAACGUGUCAAAAGCACA